GCUGCUGCUACACUUUCAGUCGGUUUACUCACACACACAGUUUAACAGUCAGAGAGCUGCUGAUGAAGAUGAAGGAGCUGCUCCUCUUCCUCUCCUGUGUCCUCUGUGUCUCUGCCGAUGCUCUGCACGGUGACGUUCAUAUAAACGGCUGUUCAGACUUUGAUGCAGAGGACAUGUAUGGACUGGAUGGGGAGGAGGUUGCCUACGCAGACUUCAACAACCACACGGAAGUCUACAGUCUGCCUCCUUUUGCUGAUCCUAUGACUUACCCCGGAGCUUAUAAACAAGCUGUGACUGAGCUGAAGGUCUGCAGACACAACCUGAAGGCUCUUGGCGCGGUGAUGAAGGACUACCCUUCCAAUAACCAUGCUCCUUCAGCUGUGAUGAUCUACACCAGAGAUGAGGUGGAGUUUGGAGAGGAGAACACUCUGAUCUGUCACGUGACUGGUUUCUAUCCUGCUCCUGUCAACGUCUCCUGGACCAAGAACGGACAGAAGGUCACAGAAGGAUCCAGCACCAACGUUCCCUAUCCCAACAAAGAUGGACCCUUCACCCAGAUCUCCAGACUGCAGUUCACCCCACAGCUGGGAGACAUCUACAGCUGCGCAGUGCAACAUCUGGCCCUGACUGAACCACUGACCAAGAUCUAUGGUGAGAAAACUUUAUUUAAACAAAAAUCACUGACAGACGAACACAUGUGA